AUGUCGAAAUCGGAAGCAUCACCACCAAGCACCACAACAGAGAACACAUCAUCCAACACCAACACCACCACAGAAACUACAUCAUCAACCUCCUCGGAAACCACUUCCAAUCCCUCCAUUAACGUCGACCCACUCGCCAAUUUACCAGGAUUUCUCAAGAAAGGUACCAUUGGCUUUAUAUUAAAGCCUGGCUCCUCUCUGCAUCCAAACUUUGUUAAAGUUCUAUGGACAUCAAUAGUGGCGCUUUUAGCGUGCCUUGUAUUUAUGUAUUACGUGCCGUCUAUUGCUAAAUAUCACGUUGCUAUUUUGUUUUUAAUUACAAUGGCUUUGAGUGUAACAUUAUUUAUUGUCAUACCCAUGCUAAGACAAUUACAUGAAGAGGACAAACAAGCUCUGCGUAAAAAACUUCUCCUAAGAAAGAAGAGAAAACUAUUGGAAGAACAAGAAAAACAACAGUCUCUUCUCAAAGAACAACAAGAACAGCAAGACCAACAACCCUCUAUCUGUGAGGAAGAAACAACUUCAUCGUCGUCAUCCAAGGCCUCAACAAACACGCAAAAUGCAACCAAUAAUCGUUCGGACAUCAUUACCACCACAAUAUCAGCAAGUGCAACAACCACUCAAGAUCACAAGAAUGAGAGCAUAAUAAGUCAGCCCUCUACGGACAACAAGCUCAAGAAAGACUAA